AAACUUUCUUCACUUUUUUUCAGCAAAAAAUUAAAAAUUUGCGACAACUCCCAGCGGCAGAUAUCCACCAGAUAUCGUCUUCUGGUCCGUUUUCACCUACGAUUCUCACUAUUAUCAACAGAUGACAACAGAACAGAACACGCAGCUGCUGCAGCAGCGGACACAGCACCGUAAGCGGAGUAAGCACUCGAACAGAGAAGGGUGGAAGGUGUCCAGCUUGCGCGCGAGUGCUCUUUCCAGUAUCCCUCCUGUGUUUUCUGACGACCAUCGAUUCCUGGCUGUCUUGACCUCUAUCGAGAUUCGUCUCUACUCCUUUCCCUCUCAUCACUGCAUAGCCGCCGUCCCCAUCGCUGACGCUGCAAAUGUCGUUGAUCUGGUUCUCGAUUCCGCCGCCGGCCCUACGAGUGAAGGAUACCCGCAGCUCUGGCUUGCAAUGCGCUCGGGCGAGAUUCAGCAUGUCAACUGGAGUGAGGGCGCAAACGCGACGACCAAGGUGGACCUCACCGUCUACGGUGUCGAGCGGAUACAUAGAAUUGUCGACGUCCUUGAAGAUGGAAAAGUUUUUGUACUUUUUGUCUCGAGCGGAGCCCGUGAUCAGAACAUCUCCCUUGUCCGAGUGGCAGUUACCGAAGACGAGCCCUCCGAAGAGUCCCAGCCGGAAUCACUCCUCGAAGUCCGAGACGUCCACCUUCUCACGCUCUCCCACGCCCGCACGCACUUCAUCUUCCAGUCCUCUAGCCGCAGCAGACAAUCAGAGGAACUCACCGUCGGCAAAUUUGCCGACCCUGACUACAAAACCUCCGUCAUCAGCGCGUCGAUCUACCGCCAACGCGUUUCCACUACCGUCGCUGUCUCGGACUCUGGCAUCGUCGCCCUCGGUGGUUCUUCUGGCGUGAUCGAUCUCUAUUACCCCCAUGUUGAUCCUGAGGCCUCUGAAGAGCAGCUCGCUCGUACUUUGACCUAUAAAACCAGUGAAGCGAAAAAUUACCUCAUCAGAUCCUUCAAAUGGCAUCUCUCUCCCGUCCGAGCUCUUUCGUUCUCUCUUGAUGGUAACUAUCUCUUAUCUGGUGGAAACGAGAAAGUGCUUCUGUUCUGGCAGCUCGAGACCAGCAACAUCCAGUUCCUCCCCCGUCUUCCUGGCCCAAUCACAAACAUUGUCGUCGACAAGACCUCUACCACCUACGCAGUCUCGCUCGGUGACAACUCCGACGACAUCGUCGUCUUUGCUGCAACCGAUCUCGAUGCUCGUCUCCAAGUCUCGAGCGUCAAAGCCGUAUUUCCGAGUUUGUCCCCAUCAUCUCCCGCAGCUGCCCUCGUCAGUUCCUCAACGGAAAUGACGACCUCUGCCUCUCUCCGCCUAGCCAAUCAGUCUAAGGUUGUCGAGCUCACAAAGGCUGCAAUCAACGCGAUCGCCAAGGCCGGGGCCAGUGCAAUUCCAAAUUACGCUCUCUACCCAUCUACUAUCGACACCGCCGCGUCGUCCUCUUCGACUACAACUCCGUCGGCGCCUCAUAAUUACUGGUACUUCCCCACCGCCACGAAUGCCCAAGUGCAGAUCUACGACGCUGUCAAGGGCGAGCAGGUUGGCACGCAUGUGGUCGCGCGGACGCUCCAGACCGGAAAAGUUCUCUUUGAAGACGCCAUUGCGGACGCACAAGUCUCACAGCUCGAACUCAGCGCAGGAAAGGAUUGGAUGGCCACCGUUGACGAGACCGUGACCCAGCCGAUUGACGGCCUUCUUUCGCGCUCUGAUCUUAGCGUUGUGCUCAAGUUUUGGUCGAAGCGACAGUCGUCGUCUGGAAACAACGAGAAGGUCGCGUGGAGUCUGGUAACUCGUGUCCGAUCGCCGAUGGGCGAGAACGUCCCCGUUGCUGCCCUCGCGGCCGCUCCCGCUACUUACCACAAGGGACGUGCAUUUGUGACUGCUUGCUUCGGCGGCGGUGUAAAGCUCUGGCGGCCUAGAUUUCCCAAGGUGAAAACGCGUCAGGUCGAGUGGUCUACGCGUCAAAUCAUGGAGCCUACAUACGCGGCCGGUGUCGCACGCUCGUCGCUGGCGUAUCGCGCUCAGGAGGAGAAAGAUUACCGAGACGAGGUCGUGCUCAGCUGGUCUGCUGACGGAAGCGUGCUGUUGAUGGGCAUCGGAUCUCUGAUCCAUGUCAUCUCUGUUCCCGCUACGAGCCGCACUAGUACUCGCAGCGGCGAAGAGUUCAAGAUUGUGCGUACUUUGUCAGGAAUUGUCGAGGGCCCUAUUCGAGGCCUGGGAAUGCUCGGCACUUCGAUCGUCGCAUUCUCGCCUACGCGAGUGACUACUUUCGACAUCCUGCAAGACAAGAUCGCCUGGUCGACGCAAGUAGGCUACACACCGAAGCACUCCAAGUCCUUGAUUGCCUUUGGCUCGUCGUCAACGGUCUCGGGAUCCAGCGUUGCCUCCACGGCCGCGGCUCCUACUUUCUUUGCCGUCGCUGUCAACCACGUCGUGACCUCGCGCGCUAACCAUCGCGCUCGCUCGAUCGCUGCCAACCUCUACAUCUUCUCGACAGCGUCCAGCAUGCCUGUCCACGUGCUCGUCCACCCGAAGCCGAUCGCGGCUGUGCAUUCAUUACCUGGCGGUGUGCGCCAGCGGUUCACCUUCCUCGACACCGAUAAGAUGGCAUUCACCGUCUCUGCGCCAGACUCGGUCAAGAUCGGUGGCCGUCACAGACCGUCUGCGAUCAUCGCGUCGGCUAUCGACGUCCAAGCCGGCGCUGAAUCGGCAGACGAGGUCGAAGACGAGACUGAUGGCGAAGCGCAGGAGCGGAUCGGCGUGACUGCCAUUCUCCAUCCGAGUAACGGCAAGUUCACGGUUCCUGACUCUACCGCGAAUGGAAAUGGCGAGACUGACCCGGCUGCGUUCAGAGAGAAUGUGGUGCUCGCGCCUACUAUCGUUGACGAGGUGUUUACGAAGCCCGAGUACGCGAUGGGUGAUCUCGACAGCGUGUUUAAUAAGUUGUUGACGGUCAUUGGUCGCGAGGAGAAGUAAUUACUUCUCUGUUUAAUUUGCAAGUGCCGAAUUAGUAUAUAGCAUUCAAAGUCAUUGGGUU